AGCAGGCCCGUUGCCAUGGCGACGGCCGCUGUCAUGGCGGCGGCGGCAGCGGGCGGGUUCAGGUAGGCCUCGGCGCUGCGAUGCGCUCCGUUAGCUAUGUGGAGAGAGCGGCGCUGGACUUCACCGGCAACCUCUUCACACAGGCCAUCUGCCUGGGAGACGCCGACAACGACGGGUUGAAUGAACUGGUGGUUGGGGAUACCAAUGGGAAACUAUACGUAUACAAAAACGAUGACUGCAAGCCAUGGAUCACACGGUCUUGCAUUGGGAUGGUGACUUGCGUAGGUGUAGGAGACAUCUGCAACAAAGGGAAGAACUUUGUUGUAGCUGUGGGAGCUGAGGGUUGGUUCCAUAUCUUUGAUCUCAGCAGCGUCUCAACCAAGUCAGACAUCUCGGGUCACCACGACUGCUUGUUUAGUGAUGAACAGAAAGCGUUAUACAUGCAGCACAUCCCUGCUAACACCAAGGUGAUGCUCAUUAGUGACAUCGACGGAGAUGGGAAAUGUGAAAUGGUGGUAGGUUACACUGACCGCGUCGUCAGAGCAUUCCGAUGGGAAGACUCUUCAGUUGAUUGUUCUGGACAGCUGGUACUGCUGAAAAAAUGGCUUUUGGAAGGACAGGUCGACAGCCUCACAGUGAAUCCAGGGUCUGAAGGGUCCCCUGAGCUGAUGGUCUCGCAGCCAGGCUGUGCAUAUGCGGUUCUACUCUGCACCUGGAAGUUGGAUCAAGACAAAGCACCAAAACGAAAUCCAUCGGGAACAUCCAACAGUGAGGGCCUCAUUAGGGACGUAAUUCUACAUCAGACUUCAGGCCGCAUUCAUAAUAAGAAUGUUUCUACUCAUUUGAUUGGCAGCAUAAACAGAGGCUCUAGUGAUGAUACAUCCAAGUCUGGUUUGUUUGCACUAUGCACUCUGGAUGGAACCCUGAAACUGAUGGAUGGGUCAGAUAAACUCCUAUGGUCUGUUCAAGUGGAUCAUCAACUUUUUGCCUUGGAGAAGUUAGAUGUAACGGGUGACGGCCGAGAAGAAGUGGUGGCCUGUGCGUGGGACGGUCAAACCUACAUCAUUGACCAAAAUAGGUCUGUGGUUCGCUUUCAGUUUGAUGAGAACGUCAGUGCCUUUUGUGCUGGCAUGUAUGCAUGCAAACACGGUCGCAACAGCCCGUGUUUGGUGUACGUCAGCUUCAACCACAAGAUCUACGUGUACUGGAGGGUGGAGCUGGAGAGAAUGGAGUCCACCAACAUCCUGAAGGUGCUGGAGACAGAAGAGUUCAGGGACCUCCUACAAGCAACAUCCGUUGACGCAGGUAACGCCAGUGCUGUCCAGGCUGUUCUCCACCAAACCCUCUACUUUCCCGAUCAGCUGGAAGACAUUGCCUCAGGGAGGAUAAACAGCGGAGAAAAACGUGGAGCUGGAACUGUGCAAUGAGCCGCAGCUCGUUGAGGGGAAUAAAAGGAAACGUAAUGAUUUUUAACCCUGCUAACCUCACAAACCAACACGGCUGCACGUCACGUCGAGGCAUUCUGAGACCGCAAGGUAAACAAUUAUAAACUUUCCCUGCGAAGAGAAAAAAAUGUUUGACUGUUCACCAUAUACAAUGCUCCGCAUGCACCAAUGUAAUCGACACAAAGCUAAUACAAAGGAAUGUUUGAACAAACUGUGGUAAAAUAAAAUUAUAUCCAGUG